CCUGCCCCCAAGUCCCCAGCCCACCUCCUCCGUCGGGACGGAAGUCGGAGCGCCGCUUUGCCUCCCUCCUUCUCUUCCGAACCCCGUGCCCUGGCGGGCCCCGAACAACCAGACCGCGAAAUCCAGUAAAGUCUAACUGUCCGGCGGCGUCCCGAGCCUCCCAGAGUGCGCCCUCCAACCGCUUCCCGGGCCGGCGCCCUUUGCCCCUGGGGGCCAUGAAGCGGGCAAGCACUCUGCGUCUGCUCUCUGACCUGAGCGACUUCAGCGAUGCGAGCAAGCUCCGAGAAGUACUGGCGGAGGAGCCUUUUGCCCGGGUCCGCUCCAGCCCCGACGGCCGCCACCUGCUGCUUCUGCGCCCUCCUGGCUCUCCAGCCCCGCUGUUGCUGGUGUCCAGGAAAGGGGCGGGGCCGGGGCUGGAGCCCUUUUGUCCUCCUGGCCAAGGCCCAGUGUUAGAUGCCUUCUUUCUCCAGUGCCCAGGAUGGGCCAGUGGUCCACGUCCUGUGCUUGCCUUGGUGUGGGCAAGCGGGCGGGCUGAGGUGUGGGGCACUGGAGUGCACCCAGGAUGGCAGCUGCUGCAGCAGGCCGAAUUAUGUGUGAGUAGCAAGGCCAAGGUGGUAGCUGCAGCGGCUCUGGGAAACCGGCUAGUGUGGUGUGAGGAGCGGCCAGCCAGCACUGAGGUAGCAGAAGGAUCAGUGCAAGCUGCCUUCGGUCACUGUGUGUGCACUCGGGCCCUGGAGUCACAUGGGGAGACCAGUGCCAUUCUGGGUGCCCCCAAGACCCUGCUACACCACUGCCCUCGUUUCCAGCUGCUGGCGUCCCAUUCUGACUUCUUCAUGGUGCCCACAGCUACCACUUGGCCCAGUGUCGCCCACAUCUUGCUCAUCUGGUACCCAGGUAAGGGCAGGGUAACGGUAGCUGUCCCUGCUCACAACGUUACUCAUAGCAAGAACUUGAGCCCUAAAGGCAGGGACUCCUGGGAUUUCAGAUCCCUCCUUCAGAGGGUACCAGGACUGCUUUCUGGCGGGGAGCCCCUAGACAUCCACACCUGUACAGCUGCCCAGGGGAGCCUACUGUUGCUGAACCCAAAGGGGGCUGUGAGUCUCAUCCGGAGGGAUGGAGGAGCUAGAGCAGUGGGUAUCCUGGGGUAUGGACUGCUUAGCCAGGGAGUCCCAGUGUCCUUGGGUAUCUUCAACAAUACUUUGGCCUGUGUGCUGGGCUCUGGACUCGAGCUGCUGGACAUGGGCAGUGGACGGCUUCUGGAAAGAAAGGUCUUAAGCACUGACCGAGUCCACCUUCUGGAGCCCUCAGCCCCAGGCAUUGAUGAAGAGGAGAAUAAAGGUGGGCUUAGGCUGCUCUCUGCAAGUGGCCUAUUCUGUAUGGCCUGGGAGAUCGGGAGAGAGGUUGAGGGGCUAAACUCUGAGGACUUAGUAUUUGAGGAGGCCUGUGGCUACUACCAGCGCCGGAGCCUACUUGGAGCCAGACUCACAACUGAUGAGUUGAGAAAAGGGAGCACUUUUCGAGCCCCUCUGGCCCUAGCUGCUGUUCUCCGAGGUCACCAACCCCCAACCAAGCUGCUGAGUGAUUUGCAAGCUGAGCUAAGGGACUACCAUGGCCUAGAGCGGCUCAAAACCCGACUAGUGGCCGGGGAUGGGCAAGAGGAAGGCUGGACAGAGCUGGCUGAACGAGAGGUAGAGCGGCUGCUACGGUCAGAUCUGACAGGGGACAAACUGACCCAGCUCAAUGCUGUCUUUUCUGUGUUCCCUGCUGCUGCUUGGUGCUCCAGCCGCCGAGCCCUACAGCUGCAACUGGAUGAGGCUGGCCAGCUGAAGUCCCAGGCCCCUCCCGACUUAUGGAAGAAGGUGCUAGUGGACACAAGGGCUGAUGGGGCACGACCCCCCUUUGAACUCCUGUGCGAGUGCCUUUGUCGACUGGAGCCGUGUUGGUUGCCACCCUUUGUAGAACUGGCACAACAGCAGGGGGGGCCAGGUUGGGGGUUAGGAGCUGGAGGCCCAGGACCACCCUUAUACCGACGGGCAUUAGCUGUGCUGGGUGACUGGGCGGGGGCCAGGGCAGGGGCUCUAGAGCUAGAGCUGCUCUUGGGAAGUGGCCGGCCCAAGGCCGUGCUCCAGGCCAUAGGGCAGCUAGUUCAGGCUGGACAGUGGGAACGGGUGCUAGAUGCAGGCCUGGCACUGAGCCCAUCCAGCCCCUUGCUGCAGAUGGAGAUCUUCACUGUCUUACUAGCCGAAUUUGCUCGGCAUCGCCAAUUAGAUGCCCACCUGACUCGCCUGCGCCACCUCUGCCCACCAGACUUGACACCCACGGACCUCCUACUCUUGCUGAAGAGGCAUCUGCCAGAUGAAGAAGAGCCUCCAGCCCCAUUCCCUAAGGUGGGAGCUGACCCUCCACUCACAGUGGGGCUCCUGAGAGGCCUGCUGGAACAGGCUAGGUCCAAAGCACAGUCUCCAAGCCCCUAUGAGGAUAUCCUGUGGGACUCUGGUGCCUGUCCUCCCCGCCCCAAGAGCAGGCACUACCCCUCACAGGGCCUGAGUAGCCACAGCAAGGAGCCUGGGGCCAGGAUUUCAAUGGAAUUGACUCAGACUGAGACUUGGGGUGAAAGGGUAUAGUGAACCUGAGAGGGAGGGGUCCAACCAGUUUUUUCCACUCCUUUAUAAGAGGGAGGAGCUCAGGAUUCCCUUGAGAUGCAGAGGGUUAUUCAUGGUAUGGUCCUGUUUUCCCUAGUGUGUGCAAUACUUUUCUUUCCUGGGAAGAUUUUAAAUAUAUACAGGUAAGGGAAGCAAGAGUGAUAGUGUCUGUAUGUGAUUGAAGAUGGGUGGAGGGAAUGACGAUGAGGUAAAUCAGACCAGCAGCUCCCAGGCCACCAUCUGCUCAGUACAUUUCAGGGGACCAUUCUCUGACCCUCCCAACCCCUCAGUGGGGUUUAUCUUCUCACUCACUAAUGGAACUGUCCCAGGGAAGGGGAGUAGAGGGUGGAAACCAACUAAGAGGGAAGAACCCUUCCAGUAGAAGCUCCCAGGAUGAAUGUGGGUUUGAGGGAGGGUGACGUCUUGUAGCAGAGGAAUGAGAAAGGAAUCCUGCUACUUUCAGCAGUAACAAGGAUUCUUGGAAACCAUCACCAAGUUCAUAGCUCUCCCAGAAAACAAGUAAGGCCCUAGAGAUGCUGAGCCUGUAAGUUACAGGCUUGAAGAGUGCCAGCUUGACAGAAACCAUCAAUGGCCCAUCACCUUGCCCGCCUCCCAUCUCAGCUCUUAGCCCUGGAGUGUCCACCUACCAUUGGGUUUGAGGUCUGAUCACAAGGAUCUUGGUGUAGAAAAAUCAGUAACUAAGAGACCUCUGAGUGCUAGGACCAGAAGUCAGUGGGUAUCCGAAGCUCCACUUAGGCCUGUCUUCCCUAGGUGGUACGGUGAAUAGAGCAUUGGACUUAGAAUCAGGAAGACCUGAGUUCAAAUUCGACCCUCAG